AUGGCGUCAUCAGCGGGUGAAUCUGGCAUUUUGGUCCACUGGGUUGGUGAUCCUGUGAUGAAUGGGGACUCUAUGGCUCCUGCCACUGGUGCUGGUGGUACUGCUGCUGCUGCUGCUGCUGGUGAUGCGGCUGAUGCUGCUUCUGAUGCUGUCUCUGGUGCUGUGGAUGGGAGCAGACAUUAUGCUGCAUGUGAUGUUACCUUUGAAGAUGGUUUCUGCAUGCAUCUGGAAGCUGGGGGCUUUGUGCAUUUGAUGCCGGAGAAUCCCAAGGAGGACCUCUUUGUGGCGCGCAUCGAGAGCUUUCUGGAAGAGCACGGUCACAAGAGCCUCUGCGUGCGCUGGUACUACCGCCUUCAGGAUCUGGCCCACAAGCCUCCCACUCCUCCAGAGCCCAACGAGCUCUACUACACCACAUACUAUGACGUGCAGCAUUUUGAAGCAGUGUGCCGGGAGCCAUGUGCGGUGGCGCAUGCUGACACCCACAGCCUCAACUCCCAGGGAGCUGAGGAGAAUGCGCGAUCCUAUGUGUGCAAGUAUGUAUAUGUAUCGGAGAAGGGAGCUUUCCUGCCCAUCAAAGGAGCUGAAGCAGGAGACGGCACAAAUCAGCGGCAGCAGCAGAACGAGGAAGAGGAAGAGAAGCAGAAGCCUCCUUCAGACGCUCUCCUUGCACGUGCUGAGAGCAGUGGCAGCAGCGGUGGCGGUGGGCUGCAAGUGAAGCCGGGAGUGGCAUAUGAGAUCAAUGCAUCAGAGCUUCCGCCCAAUGCUCCACACCACCUUCGCCUUGCACGCACUGUCGUUGUGUUGAAGAAUGAAGGCAACAGCAUCACAAUCAAGUACCCAUCCCCCUUGUCCAUUCGCAAGGCCUUUGGUGAGUACCUGCACAAGGCCCACCUGCUCUCCUUCUGGCUGCUGCACCCGCACGAGUUCCCCUGGACUGAUGCUGCUGCUGCUGGGGAUGCUUGUGUCACGUUUGAGGGUUCUAUAUCUCCCUGCGCGGCUGCUGAGGAAGAGGGGUGUGGGGGAGGAGAGCAAGGGGAGGAGAUCGAGCAAAGGGGGGAGGGUGUGGGGGAGGGAGAGGGAGAGCGAGGGUCUGCUGCUGCUGGUGCGAGAGUGAUGGUGAGUGGUGGGGAGGGAGGAGAAGGUGAGAUUAUGACCGGAGUUGAGUUAGGAAGAGUGGAUGGUGAAGCAGAGGGAUCAGGGGGGGCAGCAGGGGAGGCAUUUGCAAGUGUGGAUGAGGCAGCAGAGGCACUCACUCAGCUGAAACCGUGCGGGGCAGUUUCUCAUACCCCUGCUCAUGCUGCACAUGCUACUGCUGCUGCUGCUGAUGAUGAUGAUGAUGAUGCUGAUGCUGCUGCUGAUGAUGAUGUUAAUGCUGAUCCUGAUGCAGAUGCUGACAGUGAUGCUGAUGCUGAUUGUGCUGUGGUUGAAACUAGAAGUGAAGACGCAAAUGGAGAUGCGACAAUAGAAGCAGAAGCAGACGAAGCAGAAGACACAGCAGAACCAGCAGCAGUUGAAGCCGAAGCAGAAGAGGAGGCGGUGGAUAUAAGCGCAUGGCCCAAGAGAAGGCGGGGCGGAGGGGGCAGCAGGAGCAGGAGCAAGAAGGCGCGCACGGUGGUGGUGGUGGUGGCUGGCAGAACAGGGUCCGGCAACGAUGCUUCCAGCCUACCCUCCUCUGCCAGCAGCGGUGAGGAUGUGGAGGAGGAAGAAGCAGCAGUGGCGGUGAGCAGGGCGAGGGGGAACGGCGAGAGCAAGGAGAAGGACGCGGGCAGGAAUGGCAAGAAGGACGCUCACCUGCUCAAGCUACCCAAGGACAUGCAGGGCCGCUGGUCCAAGGAACGGUACCGCACGGCCCAGGUGAAGCUAGUGGACAUCAUGCGGGCGCAGGGGGCCAGGCCCGGGAAGCCGAUGCUGCGGCCGGUGCUUCGGGAGGAGGCUCGGCGGUACAUCGGAGACACGGGGCUGCUGGACCACCUGCUGAAGCACAUGACCGACACCGUGGUGCCCUCGGGGCAGCGGUUUAGGCGCAGGCACAACAGCGAGGGCGCCAUGGAAUACUGGCUGGAAGACGCGGGGCUCAUGGCUAUCAGAGCGGCGGCGGGCAUCAGUGACCCCACGUGGGUGCCCCCACCAGGCUGGAAGCCAGGAGCAGACCCCCAUGUGCCGUGCGGUACCAAGCGGUGCCACAAGGUGGAGCGGGAUGUGGAGAGGAUGGGGGGCUCUGUGUCUGCCAUGCGCAAAGAGCUUGAUGAGCUGAGGCGGCAGGUGGGCAAGCUAUCAUCCAAAAGCAACAACCAGCAGCAGCAGCAGCAGCAGCUGAUCCCCUACUCCUACCGCAGUGACCGGAUCCCCGCUCACUAUCCUCGUACCAUACGGUAUGUGUGA